UUAUAGUUGUCCAGUUCUUCCGUUGAGAACCACAAUCGAGAUGUUCAAAGUUAUUAGUUUUGUUGUUGCUGUUGCUGUCGUUUCUGCAGAAUUGCCGUCAUGGUCUUACAACAGUUUUGGGAGCGGUCCAUAUCCACCAUCUGGAUGGAGGCCUGCAGGACCUGAAUUCCGAUUGCCAGAGCCCCAUGCUUCUUAUGGACCUCCACCACAGGAGAAUCUCGCACCUCCAACACAAGAAUACGGUCCUCCACCUCAAGAGUAUGGUCCUCCACCUCAAGAGUAUGGUCCACCCUCACAGGAGUACGGACCACCUUCAUCUGAAGAGCCUACUACGACUGAAGCUGACGUAACUACAACGGAGCAGGCCACCACAACUGAAGCAUCCACUGAAGCUACCACCGAAACUGCUACUGAAGUCACCACCGAAGCUGAGAUCGCCAACUCUUUGGAUGGGGAGGAGCAGUAUCAGAAACUCACUCAACCUGCAGAGGAACAGGGGGUGUAUUUCAUUUAUCACCCAAGUGGGCUUCUGCAGAGGAUAAUUUACACCACUAACGAUGACAGACGGAACAUGGCUUAUACUGCCAGCUUCAAAUAUGAGAAUGUAGAGCCGAUAACCGGCCCUGUUUAUACUUACGACCCUAACACUUUUGUUUUUCAGAGGGUGAAUUGAUUUUUUUUUGUUUCAAUAAACAUUGAGUA